AUACCCUAUGCUUAUGUGCAUAUGUGUAAAAUGUACAAUACUACAAUAUGUUUAUUAUAUUUGUAAUUUUGUAUUGACAUUUAUUUAGUUCUGGCCUCCUGGGAGACGAGAAUUCGUAUAAAAAUCUAUAUAGUUUACAUUGUUUAUUGUUUUUUCUUUUUAAUUAUUACUACAUUAUUAUUCGUGAUUCGUGUACUUUGCAAAUUGUAUGUUGUAACAAUAUGUUUCAAUCUUUCUAGUUUUUUGUUUGUGUUUAAUAGAAAAUUCAUUAACAUUUAUUAAAGAGGAUUAAUAAAAGAAAAAUGGAUUAUAAUAAUAUUGAUGAAGAUGAUGUUGAAAAAUUACGCCUAGCUGCACUUAUGACAUUCAAAAAGAAAUCUAAUUUGCCAAUAAAUGCAAUAAGUAGUACAUCUGGAGAAUUUAAUAAAUUUGGAAAUGGUAAUUCCUUUAAUAACUCUGCAAGAAAUAAUAGAGGACGCUUUCCAGCGCCAAAUAGACUGUAUAAUAAACGUACAUAUGCUAAUGUUGGUUUUCGAAGACCACCUCACGCAAACAAUAAUUUGAUUGCUAUUAUACCAAUGGAUAGCGAUGGUGAUUCGCUAAAUGAUUCAAUAUCCAAAAAUUUACCUAAAAAUAUUAAUUUAAAACAUGCAUCUACUUCAGAUUCCUCCAAAUUAACCAAUUUUCAGAAUAUAAAUAAUGAAGUUUCUACAAAAUUUAGCAGAUUAGAUAAUGAAUCUGGUUCUGAAGAAAGUGAUGAUAGUGAAGCAGAAGAAGAUGGGAAAGAAGAUUCAGAUGACGGAGAUGUCUUAUUAUUGGGCGAAGAAGAUGAAGAUUUAGAUGAUCUUGAUAAAUUAAUGGACAUUAUGGAGGCUGAAAUUGCUGGUGGAGACGUAAAAUCAUCUAAAAAAGAAAAGAAAAGCUUAAAACAAAAAAGUAAAAAAGAUAAGAGUACUGUAAAAAAUAAAUUAAAUGCUAAAACUAAAAUAGAUGAACCUCCUAUAAUUACUAAUCAACCUAAGAUUAUUGAAGAUACAAAACCUCAACUGAAUCUACCCGAAGAAGAAUUAGAAUCUAUAAAAACUUUAGAUGAAAUAAGAAACUCCUCAUCACAAUCUAGUUUAUUGAAAUCACGUAUACCUUUGAGAUCUCCAUCACCACCCAUUAGAAAAAGAUCAAUAUCUCCUUAUAGUAAACUUCAAAGAAGGUCACCAUUGUCAAGAUCACCACGAAGAAGAUCUCCUUCACUUGACAGAUAUAGAUAUUCACCACUACGAUCAAGGCUCUAUCGUAGAUCUUUAUCACCUAGAAGAUCACCUAGACGUAUGUCACCUUUAAGGGAAAAAAAUCUUUCUCCAAGACGAUAUUCACCUCUUAAAUCUCGUUAUCCUUAUCGUUCACCAUCUCCAAGAAGAAGACGUAGAUCUUUAUCACGAGAUAUAUCACCUAGUAGAAGACGGUUAUCACCAUUAAGGAGAAGAAGUAGAUCUCCACACAAAAUUAAAUCUAAAUCAAGAUCACCUAAAGUACGACCAGCUGUUAGAAGAAGAUCACCUAGUCCAUUAAAAAAAGUUAUAAGGUCAAGACCAAUAUCUCCUCUAAAUAUUCGCCGUAAAGAUAGUAAAAGUAUAGAUGAUGAUCACUUAAAGAAAAGAGAAAAGAUUAAAACUGUUGAUAAUCAAGUGGAAUCGAGAUUAAUAGAUCCAGUUUUAGAAGCAAGAAAAAGGAAAUUUGAAUCUAACAAGCCAAUUGAACCAUCAAGUAAAAAAAUUAUUUUGAAAAAAACAAAUUCAGUUCAAGUAGCAAUUCAAACUGAAAGCAAAGAAACUCAAAAUGAAAUAAAUGAAUUAGAAAUAAAACCAAAAACUAACCACUUAGCUAAGAAAGUAAAAAAAGUUGCACAUUCCUUCCCAGUUCCAAAAAAUAUUAGCAUAAAAAUGAAUAACGAUUUGGAAAAUGGACAACUAAGAAGAGUUAUAAAAGUAAAUACUUCAGACAAAAUUUGUAAUAAAAAGCGACCAAGGAUUGUAUUUGGACAUGAAGAAAAAAAUAAGACACUUAUUGAAGAAGCUGAGAAGUUUGAUCAACAUACUAAGAAUAUUCCUAAAUCAAAUACCACUGUAACAAAAGUAUUGCAUUCUGAAGCAGUUGAAGUAUCUAGUGCAUCAGAAGAAGAAGAAGAAUUAUCAGAAGAAGAAGUAUCUGAGGAAGAAGUAUCUGAAGAAAAUGUAGAUGAAGAAAGUGAAAAAGAAGAUGGACAAGAUUCCAGUGAUAGUUGUGAGGAAUAUAUUGAAGAGGAAGAAGAGAUUGCAGAACUUCAACCAGGAGUCGAUGAUAAAAAGGAAUCCUUGCAACAUAAUGAUACAGUUGAUCUUAGAACAGAACUAAAACGAAGGAGAGCUCUUCGGUUAAAUAUGAUUCAAGUGGAAGUUAAAAAGAAACCAGAAUCAUUUUAUCCUGCGCGGUUAUUACAGUCAGCUAUAAGAGGCGUUGUUGGUUCAAGCAGUACUAAUGAAGUUAAAAGAAAAAAACAUUCUAAAAUCCCAGAAAUUAGCAUAAAAACAGAAAGUAACUCAGAUGGUCGAAGAGUAAUUGUAAUGAAUCGAGACAACACAAGGACUGACAAUGUUCAUGAAGAUUAUAAUGAUGCAGUAGAAUCAUAUGCCAGUGUCAAACGUCUAAAGGGUAAAUUAAAGAAAGCACCAGUACGUUUGAGGACAACAGGUGUUAAUAAUGAUAACACAAAUCAAAAAGGACUAAGGAAGAUCAUAAAGCGUAACAUUAAUGUUACAGAUUUCGAUCAGGUAUUUGAUGUCCUAAUCACAUGCAUUUUUAUCCUAUUGGUCAAUUUAUUAUAUGACUACUAUUUUGUUUUCAAUUCACUAUUAUGGAGUUCUCUAAAAUUCAAAUUAAUUGUAGUUUAGUUUAUUCUUUCUGGAUCGUAAUAGCAAUUAAUUAAUUUUUAUUCAUAGAUGUAUAUUAUUUACAUUCCAUUCUUCAAAUAUUAUAAUUUCUAAUUCCUGAUAAGUGCAAGCUUUUUUAAAUUUUUUAGUUUAAUCUUAUUGGUAUAUAAAUAUGAAUUUGGGACGUAAUUAAGUGUGUUGUAUACUUAAUUCAUUUAAUAUAAUAAAUUACUGAAAAAUUAUGAGUACUGAGUAUGAUAUAGAACAUUUUUACUCUUAAAAAAUAGUUAAUACAAAAUAAUCAAUUUCAUAAAAUUAAAUAUAUGUAAGCAUUUUAAUUUUAAACUCUUAAUUAAAUUGUCUAUUAUUAUAUACUAAUCUUUUUUCUUUUAAUUCCACAACAUAUGUGGCUCUUAAACCAAAAAAAGAAAAAUAUUGAUCUAAUCUGAGCAAUAUGACUUGAAGUAAAUGUAUUCUUAGGAUAUGUAUAACACGAUUAUCAUAUACUAAAACGUCAAUUAUUAUUUUCAUCUGAUUUUAAACUUCAAAAAAGUUUGAAUAUAUAAUAUGAAUACCCCACAUUUACAGUAUUAAAGAUAAACAAAUUCUAAAUAACAAAAAUUAAAUUUCUUUAAUAAUUACCUACCUAACUAAAGACUGAUUUUUUCUUGAAUUUAUAAGACUGAUAAUUUGUUUCAUGAAACAUUAAUUUUUGACGUUAAUGUCAACCAGCUUUUAUUGAUUUAAAUUAUUUUUAUGUUUUAUUGUACCUAUUAUGUUACAUUUUUCAUCGUGUACAUAACUAAGAAUUAUGGACUUAAAAUUAAAUGAUAAAUAAAAACUAUAUUAAUAAUUUUGUCUAAAGCUAUAUCUAUGUUCUAUAGAUCUCAAAUAUACUAUAUUUUUAUGUUUAUUCUUUUGGUAACUUUUAUUUUUAAUAUAUUUUAAUUGCAAUAAAAUAGUUUCACAAUAAAUUGCAAUAUUUACUUAUGCUAGUCUUUUAUUUUACAUGGUAGAAAUUUUUCAAUUAUUUAACUAUUUAGUACAUAUUUAAAUAUUAAUUAUGACUACUUAUGAUCUAUUUAUAAUUCUGUUCUUAUAGUUCAUUAACAUUAUUUAAUGUUAUUAUUUUUAUGUUAAUAGUUAUUUAUAAAAAAAAAUCCUAUAAAUUAUAUUUACUAACUUAGUCUUUCCAAAUGUCCUGUUUAAAUAACAAUUUAUUUUUAAGUAAAUAAUGAACACAAUAUUAUAGUUAUUAUAAAAUAGUUAUUUAAUUUUUGAUAUUAAAAUGUAUAAUGGAACGGAGUGAAUGUUUUAUUUAAUAUUUAAAAAAUUGUUUACAGUGUUGAAUAAAAGAUCUUAAUUUAGAAGUUAUAAAAAUAAUAAUUGCAUAAUAGUCCUAUCUUAUUACUCAAGCAUUGCUUGCUAAGAUUAGAUAUAACUUUUAAAAAAAAUUAAAUUUUGAUGAGCAAUUGUUUAUAUUUAAUUAUAUUUAUUCAUAAACUAGAAACUUGAUAAUAAAAUAUUAUUUUAAAGUACAUUUAACAAACAAAAUAUUUGCUAAUUAGACAAAUAAAUUAAUAAAAAAAACUACUGUUGAUAAUAGGUUAUAAAAUAGUUUAUUAGUUUGAUUUAUAUUGCAAUAGAAGUAUAUGUAGUACAUAUUAUUUUUACAUCAUAAUAUGUUAAACUUAAUUUUAAUCAAUUUUGAAAUAGAAAAAAAUUAUAGUUUAAAUCUUGAAAUAUGUUUAAUAGCAAGUGUUUUUGUUCAUGGAAUUAUGAAUGUAACUAAAGAUAAAAAUAUUAUCCAAAUAAGAAAAAAACAUUUUACUGGCAUUAAUUUUUCGUAUGCUCAUUGUCUAAACACUAGCCAUUUUAUGAUUGGUUUCCAUCAUUGAGAAAACUACUGAUCGCUCUGUGUUUUCUACACUGUGUUGAAAGAUUAGUUGAAUAUAUUCUAAUUAUAAAUAACAUAUUAGCAAUAUAUUAAGUACACAAAACACAAUACGACACAAUGUAGAUUAAACUCGGGUUAAGAGAACAUUAUAUUUGCUUGUGUUGUCUCCGUUUUACUAACAUAUAACAUAACAAAUUUUACAGUUAAGAAGAAUAGAUUUUAAUAAUAGAGUUAGCUUAAAUAUAAUCUUGAGCAAUUUUAUUUUUUUAUAUUUUAAACAGUAUUGUAAAAAACAAAGUAAAACGGAAUCUUCAAAAUGUUAAAUUUGCAUGUGUUAGUAAAACAGAGGUAACAUGUACAUGUAAUGAAUUAUACUAUAGUUGUAUAUUACAGUGAAAAUAUUGAGUCACUAACACAUAUAGACAGAAAACAAUAUUUUUUUUAACUGUAAAAAUUAUCCUUUAACAAAACUAGAUGUCCCCAUACAUUUUGUUAUCCAUUAAUUUCAGAAAAUAUAUACAUACAGACCCAAGUUCAUAUAAAAUUCCCAUCUAAAAAUCAUUUGCAAUUUUUCAUCUGUUUUUAAGUUAUAUAAGUUAUACACAUACAACAAACAUAAUUUAAUUUAUAUAUAUACUAGAUAAUACUUGAAAAAUAAAAUCACAUAUGAUGUAUUAAUUUUAUUAGUUAGAUAUUAUGCAAUACAAUUAUAUUCAUCAAAUAAAUAUUUAAAAAUAUUAGACAAUAUUUUGAAGAUGAUUAAGUCUCAAUCAACACUGUAAUGUUUAAAAUAUUUUUUGAUAUGAAAGCAAAUAAUACUACUUUAUUAUUUAUGGUAUUUUGUAGUCUUGUAUAAUUGGGUUUAUAUCUAAUGUACUAACAUUAAACAAAAAGUAUAAAUUUGGUUUAUAUUAUAUUUGUGAUAUUAUGUGAUAAUUAUUAAUAACAAAUUAUGUUAAUUUUAAAGUUAUAUAUUACAUUUAAUUUUGUAAAUAAUUAAACAUAUAUGUCCAUUUUACAAAACAAAGUCUAUGUAUGUUUAAUAAUAGUUAUUUAAACUUAUUUUUAAUAUAUAUAUUUUAAAAUUGUUUGUUCUAAGAAUGUCGUAUAUCAUUUAUUACUAUUAUUUGAUGAUUUUCUGUCAUAAAAAGACUAUUAUAAUUCCAAUUCUAAUUUAAUAUCAGUUUUAAUAUAAAAUGAAAUGUAAUAUUUUGAAAAAACAAUUUGAUUUAUAUUUAUUAUUUAUUAGUCAUAUUAAUUUUUAUACAUGUCAUUAUAUUUUAUUUAAAAUAAGUAAUUACUAUAUUAUAUUUGUUGUGAUUACUUAAGAGUUUUUACAAUUUAGUAUUGUUAUUAUUUUAUAAUUUUUGUUUGCCCUAUUUUUAUUUCUAAUUGUAACAUUUAAUUUUUCUUAUGCGAUUUAUUUUAAGUCUACAAAGUACAUGUAUUACAUGCUGUAAUUGGUAAUUUUAAUAUUAAUUUAGCAGUUAUAUUAUAAAUAAUAGGGCUUACAAAUAUGAAAUAUGAAUUAUGUUUUAUUUUGUAAAACGGACAUUUUGUAAAUAAAAAUUGUAUUUAGUUAUUUUGUUCACUCCGUUUCGUGAUUGUUAAACCGUUUUAAAAUUUGUGAUGUAUUGAGUAAGUGAUCCGAAUGUUGUCAAUUUUUAACCGAAAUAUGAAUUUUUAUAUUUUGUCACAGAUGUAGGUAUCCAAAAGCAUUUUCUACAACAAAACAACACCAGCGGCAUUUUAUUAUUAUAAAAAAAUAUUAUCAUUUUCAACUUGGAUGACUAUCAACUUGUGACCACUUUAAAUGUUUUGUUGUUGCAUAUAAAUGUUUCUAUUAUUAUUAUUAUGUAUACAAUUUCAUACAUAUUUUGUGUAUUCGUUAUUUUUGUUUGUAAUUAGUUAUUAUAUACCUUUGUAAUUAUGUUUACCAAUUGUAAACAUUUUAAACAUUUGACAAAUAACAAAUGUUAUUUAAUAUUAUAGAAAAUUAUUGUUUUAUAUUUGAAUUAUAUAUAUAUACAUGCAUACAUAUAUAUAUACAAACAUAUAAACAUACACGUAGGUAUCUUAUUUUUUAAUACCUAUUUUUGUUUUUUUUUUAUAGAAUUGUAUUAUUAUGGUAGCCUAAAGCUUUUAAAAUUAAUUUCAAAGCUGUUAAGUGUAAUAGGAUAUAACUUUAAAUGAUUAUUGUUCUUAUUUUCUAUUUUUUUUUUUUUUUAAUUAUUGAACAAUGAAUACUUGUAAAUAUAUAAGUAUAAAUUAUUAUUAUGUGACCUAAAAAAAUAUUUUAAUUAUUUUUUUCAAUAUAAUGCGUGUAAUGAGAUUAUAAGUAAACGUCUGUGAUUAUUUUUCAUAUAUAGUUGUAAGAAAUAAAUACAUAAAGUAAACAAUUUAUCAUGAUCAUUA